UGGCCCCCGGGAGGCGCUGCGCGCCGGCGGCCCGGGCAGCUGGAGGCGGCGAGACGGCGGCAGAAUCUCUACACAAUUGAUCGAGAGCGGGGACUCUGAAGAGAUGAAAACAGGGAACAGAGAUUAAAACAGUGGAAAGGUAGUUACUGUCACUUUGUCAGAAGACCCCACAGGCCUGAGGAGCGAUGCAACAGGCAUGAUGGAGGUCGAGUCCUCCUACUCGGACUUCAUCUCCUGUGACCGGACAGGCCGUCGGAAUGCAGUCCCUGACAUCCAGGGAGACUCCGAGGCUGUGAGCGUGCGGAAGCUGGCUGGAGACAUGGGCGAGCUGGCACUCAAGGGAACAGAAGGACAGGCAGAAGGGAGCACCCCGGACAAGGAGGCCAGCAGCCAGCCUGAAAGCAGCGAUGCGACCACCUCAUCCUGAGUCUGCCGCUGGCCCCAGAGGCUGAAGGAGAGACCUGCUGUCCCCUCCCAGGACUGGAGCCCUGGCACUGGCCUAGUGGCCUCUUCUGUGAGCCCAUACCCCAGGUCAGCCGGCCCAACUGAGAGGCCCCCGGAGACCUCUGAUACUCUGGGAAGGCCCUCUGCCCAAACCCACAGGCUCCACUCUCCCAGCACCUUCACACCGUGCUGGGCACAUUCUGAAGACACUGUCACCAUAGGAUGUUAUUUAUGCAGCUGGGCGAGGCUUGAGUCAGGCCCGGCCCACCACCUGAGCAUCUGGACAGGGGCCUUGUCCCAGCACCAGCCUCAUUUCUAACCCUGGCUUCUUGGGUCAA